UCUUAUCUCGAAUGAAAUCGCCUUAAAAACUAUCAUUCUCUAGGGUAAUUCAUCGACAUGGCUAGUAAUUUAAUGAGACUCUCUAUAAAGCGAGAAUAUUCCUUUUCGUUAUUCUCCAUAGGUAGGAUUAAUUAUCAAACAGAAAAGCUGUAAAUGCCAAUUAAAGUUUGAAGAAAUUGAAAUAUUUAACUGUCUUUCAAUGGCGAUUGUAGUGUCACAAAUCAUAAGUCUACAUAAUUUUACAAAAUUAAUUAAUUAAUUUUGAAAUUAUAUUCUUAUAAUAAUUAGAUAUUUCCAAGUCAACCAUAUUAGUUACUGCUAUAUAUUCUUUUCCGUUAGGUAUAUACAAUAUAUCUUAAAAUGUUACGCCGAGAUUUCUUGUUACUUGCUAACUUUAUGCUUUUAUAACUAUAACUUCGUUCUUCCAAGUCAGCAAGACUUAAACGGAAAAAUCAAUAUAUACGUUUCAGCAUAAAAUUAGUGUACGUAAUUCAUUUGCUUGCAGAUUUAAAUAAAACCACUUCCUUAUUCAGAAAGAAUUAUAGUUGAAUUUUCUGAAUGUUCAAUGUAAUAAUUGCUCAGAUUGUGCUGCGGUCAAAAAAGCAUGAUAGUUAUAUUAUUGGACAAGGCUAUUAUUGGACAGUUAUAUUAUUGGCGUACUACUUUUACUCUAUUAUUAAGUAUAAUAGUAUUAAGCAAUACAUUAGCGUCCUCAGAGCAGUUAUUCUAUUUGUACGUAGCAUCGAAAUUAAUUUGGUUUGAAAAAAUGUUAUUUUAUUUUAUCUUUUCUUGAUAGCAAAGUAUAAACAAAGACAAGAAAUUACUGAAACUGUUAAUUUAGUUAAUUGUAAGACCGUAAUGAAAUCAAAACAUAAUUCAGAGCAUACGUAUCGUUAAUACUAGAAUUCUAUUUUAUUGAUAUUAAUAUUUGUUACAUAAUAGUAUAGUUAUGUAAUAGCGCAUUAAAUUUGUUAUGUAAUAUGUAUUAGAACGUUCACAAUUAUUAGGGCUAUCGCGAAAUUAUUAUUACCGUUAUAUUUAGCACAAUCUCAUACAAUACAUUUAUUUUAUAAAUUCCACAGGUACUUCAAUAAAUUUUAAUACAUUUUUUACACAUAGUUUGAACACUCCUUAUACAUUUUCUAUGAACGCUGCAAACAGUCAUUUAUAUUAAAAGAAAUAGCUCUAAAACUAUUAGCCCUUAAGCUAUUUUCCAAAAUAUUUCGGUAUUCGCACAGAAUAGCAUUUUUCUUUGAUGCGAUUCCCCAUUACAAAAUCGUACGUGAGAAAUUGAAAGUUGGUUCCUGCUAUUUUUACCUUUAACGAUCAUUAUCAGUGGGCUAGUCCACUUAAAAGCAACAUGUACUUCGGCCCAAAGAACAGUCGUUUUCGAGUUACCGUUACGCAAGCAACUCUUCCAGUCAUCAGUGGAAAUAAACGAUUACAUAUUAUCAAUAUCUUCAUCUAUCUGCAUAAUCAAAGACGAAAAAAAAGACAAAGUAGUAUGUUACUUGAUUUUUAUUAGUAAUAAUCUAUUACUAGCAAUAUUCCAGUCGACGCAUAUAUGUGACACGUGUAGUGUUAUAGCACACAAUUCUGAAGUGUGUCGAUAGAAAGAUCGUAAACAGAUAAAGCUGACAACAAAGAAAGUACGAGGCACCUUUUAAAAUGGGUUCUGUGCUAACCUAUUUUCUCGGCAAUCCAGACGAUGACGUUUUAGAUCCGAAACUUGGUUUGACUAAUAAAGAAAAGAGACUUAUAAGAGAAACAUGGGGUGUAUUGCGUGCUAAUUCGGUAAAAGUUGGCGUAGAUAUUAUGAUAAGUUACUUUAAAAGAUUUCCUCAGCAUCAUAGAGCUUUCCCUCCGUUUAAGGAUAUUCCGGCAGAUGAUUUAGUAGGUAAUAAAAAGUUUCACGCUCAUUGUCAGGGUAUUAUGAGUACAUUGAACGAUGCGAUCGAUGCUUUGGAUGAUAUUGACUUGAUGGAUGCGAUAUUGCAUACCACUGGCAAGAGACAUGGACGACGUGGUCAGGGCAGACAAGAGUUUAUUGAUUUGAAAGGAGUGGUGUUGGACGCAAUGAGGGGCGCGUUUGGAUCGAAAUUCACCCCCGAGUUGGAAGUCGCUUGGGACAAAGCGAUCGAUGCCUUAUUUUCAAAAAUAUUCGAAGGCGAAGAUAUGAUAUAGCAAGUGUAUAACCACUAAACGAUUUUUUUAAUCAGCAUCCGUAUCGCUAUCGCUAUCUGGAUGUAUAUAAUCAGUAGCUACAUUGCUUGCUUCA